AUGGCACCCGCGGUCGGUAUCGACUUGGGCACCACCUACUCGUGUGUGGGUGUCUUCCGUGAGGAUCGUUGCGAAAUCAUCGCCAAUGACCAGGGUAACCGCACCACUCCCUCUUUCGUGGCCUUCACGGACACCGAGCGCCUCAUUGGAGAUGCCGCCAAGAACCAGGUCGCCAUGAACCCCCACAACACGGUCUUCGACGCCAAGCGCCUCAUUGGCCGCAAGUUCAACGAUGCUGAGGUCCAGGCCGACAUGAAGCACUUCCCCUUCAAGAUCAUUGAGCGCGGCGGCAAGCCCAUCAUCGAGGUCGAGUUCAAGGGCGAGAACAAGACCUUCACCCCCGAGGAGAUUUCUUCCAUGGUCCUGACCAAGAUGCGUGAGACCGCCGAGGCUUACCUUGGUGACACCGUCAACAACGCCGUUGUCACGGUCCCCGCCUACUUCAACGACUCUCAGCGUCAAGCCACCAAGGAUGCCGGCCUCAUCGCUGGUCUUAACGUCCUCCGUAUCAUCAACGAGCCCACUGCGGCUGCCAUUGCCUACGGUCUUGACAAGAAGGUCGAGGGCGAGCGGAACGUCCUGAUUUUCGAUCUGGGUGGUGGUACCUUCGAUGUCUCUCUCCUCACCAUCGAGGAGGGUAUCUUCGAGGUCAAGUCCACCGCUGGUGACACUCACUUGGGUGGUGAGGAUUUCGACAACCGCCUCGUCAACCACCUGGCCAACGAGUUUAAGCGCCGCAACAAGAAGGACCUCACCGGCAAUGCCCGCUCGCUCCGUCGCCUGCGCACUGCUUGCGAGCGUGCCAAGCGUACCCUAUCGUCGUCUGCUCAGACCUCAAUUGAGAUCGACUCGCUUUUCGAAGGUAUCGACUUCUACACCUCGAUCACCCGUGCCCGUUUCGAGGAGCUGUGCCAGGACCUUUUCCGCUCCACUCUGCAGCCCGUCGACCGCGUUUUGACCGACGCCAAGAUCGACAAGUCUCAGGUCCACGAGAUCGUCCUUGUCGGUGGCUCUACCCGUAUCCCCCGUAUCCAGAAGCUCAUCAGCGACUACUUCAACGGCAAGGAGCCCAACAAGUCCAUCAACCCCGACGAGGCCGUUGCCUACGGUGCCGCCGUCCAGGCUGCCAUUUUGUCUGGCGACACUAGCUCCAAGUCGACCAACGAGAUCCUGCUGCUCGAUGUGGCUCCUCUCUCGCUCGGUAUCGAGACUGCCGGUGGUAUGAUGACCAAGCUCAUUCCCCGCAACACCACUAUCCCGACCAAGAAGUCGGAGGUAUUCUCCACCUUCUCGGACAACCAGCCUGGUGUCCUGAUCCAGGUCUACGAGGGUGAGCGCCAGCGUACCAAGGACAACAACCUGCUCGGCAAGUUCGAGCUUACCGGCAUCCCGCCUGCCCCUCGUGGUGUCCCCCAGAUCGAGGUUACCUUCGACCUUGACGCCAACGGCAUCAUGAACGUCUCCGCUCUCGAGAAGGGCACCGGCAAGACCAACCAGAUUGUCAUCACCAACGACAAGGGCCGUCUGUCGAAGGAGGACAUCGAGCGCAUGCUCGCGGAGGCUGAGAAGUUCAAGGAGGAGGAUGAGGCUGAGGCCAACCGUGUAUCGGCCAAGAACGGCCUUGAGUCGUACGCCUACUCUCUCCGCAACACCUUGAGCGACCCCAAGGUCGACGAGAAGCUCGACGCUGCCGACAAGAAGGCCCUCGAGGACAAGAUCCAGGAGGUUGUGGCCUGGCUCGACGACAGCCAACAGGCCACUCGUGAGGAGUACGAGGAACACCAGAAGGAUCUUGAGGCUAUCGCCAACCCGAUCAUGAUGAAGUUCUACGGUGCUGGUGGCGCUCCUGGCGGUGGCGCCCCUGGUGGCUUCCCCGGCGGUGCUCCGGGUGGCUUCCCUGGCGCUGGCGGCGCUCCCGGUGGCGGUCACGACAACGACGGCCCCACUGUCGAGGAGGUCGAUUAA